AAUAGGAGGAAGACGCUCCCGGUGCCAGAAGGGAUAUUACUCGAAGGGUCUUUUUUUUUUUACUUACCCAAACUGGGAAUUUACUUUCCACGGCCGGGAAGAAAUUAGCUCUGCAACUUAAACAAAAUACACUAUUCUCGCAGGAGUCCAAAGUGACAGACGCUUGAACGGCAUUUCGUUAUUGAAUCCGUCAGUGGCUCCUUGGUUUCAUAUCUCGGAUAUUAAAUUGCACCUCUGAAGAGAAUGACAUUUCUCCGACUCCAAGUGUUCAUUGGGGCUCUUGUGUGUUCCUGCAGUGUAAAUGGAUCUUCGCAGCCUCAGGCCAGGGUGUUCCUAACAUUCAGUGAGCUGCAGGAAACCAAGACCUCUCAGUUCUAUGCCCUCUCCCACCACCCUUUAGACUACAGGAUAUUAGUAAUGGAUGAAGAUCAAGACCGGAUCUACGUGGGCACCAAAGAUCACAUCCUGUCUUUGAAUAUCAAUAAUAUAAGCCAGGAACCUCUGAGUAUUUUCUGGCCAGCGUCAGCAAACAAGGUUGAUGAGUGCAAAAUGGCUGGCAAGGAUCCUACUCACGGCUGUGGUAAUUUUGUACGUGUGAUCCAGACCUUCAACCGCACUCACCUAUACGUCUGUGGGAGUGGAGCAUUCAGCCCUGUAUGUGCAUAUCUCAACAGAGGGCGAAGGUCUGAGGAGCAGGUUUUCAAAAUCGAUUCCAAAUGUGAAUCUGGAAAAGGACGUUGCUCUUUCAACCCAAACGUGAACACUGUCUCCGUUAUGAUCAAUGAAGAGCUAUUUUCAGGGAUGUAUAUUGAUUUCAUGGGGACUGAUGCUGCCAUUUUUCGCAGUUUAACCAGGCGGAAUGCAGUGAGAACUGACCAGCACAAUUCCAAAUGGCUGAGUGAGCCCAUUUUCGUGGAUGCCCAUCUCAUCCCAGAUGGUACCGACCCCAAUGAUGCUAAAGUAUACUUCUUCUUCAAAGAGAAACUGACAGACAACAGCGGCAGCACGAAGCAGAUUCACUCAAUGAUUGCUAGAAUAUGUCCCAAUGAUACUGGUGGGCAGCGUAGCCUUGUGAACAAGUGGACAACUUAUUUGAAAGCAAGACUUGUGUGUUCGGUAAUGGACGAUGAUGGAACAGAGACCUACUUUGACGAAUUAGAGGACGUGUUCCUGCUAGAAACAGAUAAUCCUAGAACAACACUAGUCUAUGGUAUUUUCACAACAUCCAGUUCUGUGUUUAAAGGUUCAGCAGUGUGUGCGUACCACUUGUCAGACAUCCAGAGAGUAUUUAAUGGGCCAUUUGCACAUAAGGAAGGCCCAAAUCACCAGCUGAUCCCCUAUCAGGGAAGAAUUCCUUACCCACGACCUGGAACAUGUCCAGGAGGAGCCUUCACACCCAACAUACGGACAACCAAGGAGUUUCCAGAUGAUGUGGUCACCUUCAUUAGGAACCACCCCUUGAUGUUCAAUCCCAUAUAUCCAGUCCACAGGAGGCCAUUAAUCAUUCGGACAGGCACAGACUACAAGUACACAAAGAUAGCUGUCGAUCGUGUUAAUGCAGCUGAUGGAAGAUACCAUGUCUUGUUUCUUGGAACAGACCAAGGCACAGUUCAGAAGGUUGUGGUCUUGCCCAGCAAUUCCACAGCAAGCGGGGAGCUCAUAUUAGAAGAACUGGAAGUUUUUCAGAAUAAUGUUCCUAUAACAACAAUGGCCAUUUCAUCUAAAAAGCAACAGUUGUAUGUAAGUUCCGAUGAAGGGGUGACUCAAGUUUCUCUGCACCGCUGCCAUAUCUAUGGGACAGCCUGCGCUGAUUGUUGCCUCGCCAGAGAUCCGUACUGUGCUUGGGAUGGCAAUUCCUGCUCCAGGUUCUACCCAACAGGGAAACGGAGAAGCCGUAGACAAGAUGUGAGGCAUGGAAACCCUAUGACUCAGUGCCGAGGAUUUAAUCUAAAAGCUUACCGCAAUGCAGCAGAGGUAAUUCAGUACGGAGUCAAGAAUAACACCACCUUCCUGGAAUGCACGCCUAAAUCGCCACAGGCCUCUAUUAAGUGGCUCUUACAAAAAGACAACGACAGAAGGAAAGAGGUCAAACUGAAUGAAAGGCUCAUAGCAACCGAACAAGGGCUCUUGAUCCGCUCAGUCCAGGAUGCUGACCGAGGGCUCUACCACUGCAUUGCGACUGAAAACAGUUUCAAGCAGACAAUAGCAAAGAUCAACUUCAAGGUGUUAGAUUCAGACAUGGUGGCCUUCAUGACGGACAAGUGGUCUCCGUGGACCUGGGCCAGCUCCUUCCAAGCGUUGCAGUUUCACCCCAAGGACUUGGUUGGUACUUUCAGCCACUCGGAACUGCAGAUGAUUAACCAGUACUGCAAAGACACGAGACAGCUUGGGCAGCAGGCAGAAGAUGCCCAGAGGAUGAGAGGGGAUUAUGGGAAGUUAAAGGCCCUCAUCAACAGCAGGAAAAGUAGGAACAGAAGGAAUCAGUUGCCUGGAUCAUAAGGUUUUACUUUGGAACAUCAAACUUGUUUUUUCUGUCCUCCCUUGAGGGAUUUUUUGGGGUUUUUUGUUUUGUUUUUUGUUUUCCUGCUGAGAGCAUAGAAAAACCAUAGUAAAGCAAGCCUGAUAGCAGAACGUUCCAAUGAAAUGCAUCCUAUCUAAGCAAAAAAGGAAACACAAAACCGAUCCAAAGAGAUGUUCCUUGUAAAGUGGCCACUGACAGCAGAUACAUCCUUACUUUACCUGUAAACCGGAUCAUUUGCCAGAUUUCCAUAAGAAAUCAGUUUGUCAGUUGUCUUUUCCUGAGGAAUAAAACAAACAAAAGAUGCACUGACUGCCCAUCUUGGAAUUGUGCAAGAUGGGAAGGAAAAGAAAAGUUUGGGUUAAGAUUGGAUAUAUGAGUUUGGGGGUGGGGGGGGGCAGCAGGAAGGUACUUAAAUUUCUUACUUGUAUUGUCUCUGUUGGGGGGAUUCUAAGCAGAAGAAGGGGAGGAAUGACAUCUCAGACAUUUUUUUUACCAGUGCUAGCUCAUGCCGGUAUAUGUUCUUUUCUGAUCUACUGGCAUUUAUCCCACUGACUUUGGUAUGUAUGAUUCUCUCCGAUUAUGGUACGCUAACUUGAAAAUCAACAAGCAAGGAGAUAGAUAUCAUUCCCCAUCAUUGUAUUAAAGGUACAAGAAUGCUCCCAUGAAUGCAACCAUAACACAGAACUGCUGAUUGUAUAAGUGAAGCUUGUUUUAUAUAUAUAUAUAUAUAUAUAUUAUUUAUAUAUAAUCAGAAUCCCCAUUUCUUUUUGACAUGAUAAAGUCACACUAAUGUGAUUUUAUUAGUGGCAUACUUAUACUACAUGCUUCUUUCCAGCAGCUUUCGUCCGACUCCCAGGUGAUUUCUUAUCCUGGUAGAUUUCCGAACUGUAGAACAAGGUCAGGUGGCUUCAGAACAUUAUCUGGGUUAUUUAGGCUAUGUAUGAUCUGGAUAGUAAAUACGAUUGUUUUAUGAAUGCAUUCCAUGAGAACUGAUGUUUGCCCAGCCAGAGCAAUCCUUGAAAACCAGAAUAAAGUCAUUCAGUACAGAGAUAUAGAACCUACUAAGUAAUGGCAAGUCCCCAGCAUCAUUUCUUAUAACCAUUUUUGCAUAGCAACCUGCCCCUCCCCACAAACAAACGAAUGGAAGAGGAUGCAGGAAUAAAAUAGGGCAUAACCCAGUCGAAGAUUUCAAAGGGAAGUAUAUAUUUAAUGCUCUAUUAAUCAACACUUUGAAAACCUCUUACUGAUAAAACCAGCCUGGACUACACAAUGGUGAGUAAUCCGGAUGGAUUGUCCUAAAAAUUAUGCAGAUAAUUAGAACAAUGUGAUCCUACGUUGGGUAAACUCCAGUAAUCCAUCGCUGGAAGGUGCUGUUGGUUAUGGAUCUGGCCUGCAUUCACCUUCUUUCAGAAGUCCUUUCUGAUCCCAUAAAAGUUGAUGCUCAAAAGUUUCAGGACCUAUCUGAGCCAGUGGCUGAGGAAGGGUUGUAGUUUGGGGACAAAUGGGGAAAAAAUUGCCCUUCCUUCCUGUUCCAUCACCAGAGCUGCACUGAGGGCAAUUUCACCCUCUUCCUCCUUUUCAGCACAGCCCCCCCCCCCGCCCCAGUUAAUAUCCAUAGGGAUCUCAUGAUGUCAGGAAUGAAUUUUCCCAGGGUCAGAAAGCAGGGAAGAGAAUAAGAGAAAGGCCUGCAGUCCUUGAACCCGCAGAUUGCUAGAUCCAACCCAUUUCAUUGUUUUUGUGGGUUUGUUUCUUUGAAUUUUGCAGUUACACAUGAGAACUGAUACCACAACUAACAAUUAAAAGAUUAAGAUUAAAAAACCUAACCUAUGUGGGAAUAUAGAUUACUGAGAACUAGUUUUCCCACAGUGUUCAUGUAGCCACUUGAUAAGAUGGCUUUUACCAAUGCUAGACUCUUCUCCAUCCCAAAAUCUCCAACCAAGGGUUCAAGUGUGGCAUGGAAGUAACUGCAGCAGUUGGCACCAAUGGUCAGAGAAAGACUGGAAUAGCCCUAUGUAUGAGAUAUCUGACAUGUAAAGAACACACGUCAGGAGAUGAAAUGGUAGCCAGGAAGGGUAGUUUAAAAAGACAGCCGGUGGGAGGGCAAAGGGUUUGCUAUACACCGGAGCUGUGUGAAGGGGCUGUGAAAUGCCAGAAGGGAGACUUCAGCCCAUUAUAACCUCUCCAGGUCCAAGCCCAGUUCUGGAAGGCAGCUCCAGCCCCAUUUCCAUUCCUCGCUGCCCUCUGGUUGCCAUCCCACACAGUUUUAGACUAGGGAGGAGAAAUUGAGAGUGGAUUUGGGGAGGUGAAGAUGAAAUUAACAAACCCUCUGAGGAGCCAUGUCUGAGGGCUCUGUCUUUCUAAACUAUACUUCCUGGCUAACGUUGCAUCUCAUGUAGAGAGACUCUAAGGUAUUGUGUCAAUUAGGCCUAAAUUCUGUAUCCUCCCAAAGCCUUUUCAGCCAGCACUCCCAUCUGCUACCUUGGUUGGCAACUUGUUUGUUGAGAUCCCCUUUACAUGCACUCUAAAAGGCAGACCUGUGGGUGGUCUUCAUUGAUUCCGUUCCAGACCAAGUUCGACAUAAAGCUUUAUGCCCACGUAGCUGUACAGAAUGUCACAGAACUCUCCUGAUUUUAGUGACUUCCAUAGCCUUCAGUUGCACUGGUCAUGCACAUUCCCCUUGUUUCUGUCCUUGUAUAGGAAAAGACAUUUCUGAAAGUGAAAGUUUUUAUAACAAAUCAUUAAGACUUAACAGAUUUCAUUUACCUCAUAGAGCAAGGAUGCCCAACAUGGAGCCCAUGGGCUCCACUACACCCUCUAACAGCUUUCCUGGAGCCCAGCAACUGUUUUUAGAUGGGGCCUCGUGUGGGGCUUCUGACUGGGCUGGUGAUCUUAUUGUCUAUGCAAAUUAAAAUGUUUCAGUGGCAGCUGCCACCACAGUGUUAGUUUUAUUCUCUCUCUCUCUUCCCUGCCAGUGUACUUUAAAAAAUACCCCUCUUCUUUCAUGCACUUUUGCUCCCUCUGUGUAUAUGGCACCUCCUCCUGUGGCAGCCAUUUUGUGGUUGAAUCUACUACUCUGUGUCAAAAUUCUAAAGGUCCCCAUAGACUCAAACAGGUUGGGGACCCCAUCAUACAGCUUGAAGCCUCUAAGAAGUAAGCCUAUUUAUAAUUAUAAUAAUAAUAUAAUUAUAAUAGUAACAUUUGAUUUAUAUACCACCCUGCAGGACAACUUAAUGCCCACUCAGAGCGGUUUACAAAGCAGUUUACAAAGAGUGUUAUAUUAUUAUCCCCAUGACAAUCACCCUGUGAGGUGGGUGGGGCUGAGAGAGCUCUGGGAGAGCUGUGACUGACCCAAAGUCACCCAGCUGGCUUCAAGUGGAAGAGUGGAGAAUCAAACUCAGCUCUCCGGAUUAGAGUCCUGCCACUCUUAAGUGCUCACCAAACUGGCUCUCUAUUUAUACAAGAAUGUCAUCAUUUUAAAGCCUGACUGUAUUUCCUUCUACUUCCUUUUGCUUAUUCAUUUCUAGUACCACUGAUUAUAAAGAAAUGGAUACACUUUCCAAAGUAAGUAGCUAUCCUAUUCUCUGUCACUGCUCCUCAAAAAUUACUAGUGUGGUGUGGCUUAUUGUCUUAGAACAGGGGUCCUCAAUUGUUUUGAGCCUGUGGGCACUUCUGAAAUGUUGAGAACAGAGGGUGGGCACCAUUACAAAACGGCUGCCAUGGGAGCUGGGCCAAUCACAAAGUGUUGGGAUGCUCCAAGCCAAGUGACCUAGAGUGAGUGCAAGUGAGUGCUCCCUGAAGAUAAAAAUAAGAUGCUUCCUGGCCAUUUCUGAAUCUCCUUUUGCUGAAACAAGGGGAAGAAAAGUCAGGAUUAGAUAUUUGCUUCAGGGAAGAAGCAAAGGGGCACCAGGAAACCAGGUACUAUGAGACCCAUAGGUGCUACACUGGGGGUCACUGUAUUAGACAUUACCUGGAUACAUUCUCAGUAAUUAAAUUCAAGACCAACUUACACAUUGCAAAAGCCUCCCCCCUGAAUCACUUUGGAAUGCUCCGAAUCUUUAAGGAGCAUUCCAAAGCAAUUCAAAUACCCAAAUCCGAAGCAGCUUGCCACUUUAGGUUUUGGGUAUUUCCGAAUAUUUUUGGGGUGCAUACCCCCAGUUGUAGUUGUUUCCAGAUGAUGUACAAUGGUAUAUAAGUGUUUGUGGGCACAAUUUAUUGUUUUCAACAGCCAUGUAUGGUAUUUGAAUGGGUGCCCAUUAGGCCUGAAGAAUAAUAAUAGUUAACAAUGUUUAUUAAAAACAAAAUAUUGGCAAUAUACAUGGUUCAGUUAACAAAUUGGCAGAGCCUCAAGUCUCAAAAUAAUAUUUUAAAAGCUGCUUUAGAUAUAGUUAUAAUGGUAUUACGAUUUAAGGGAUUAAUGUUAAACUAACAUGUUUUCCUGCUGCAUGAAAAAUUUAUAUAUUGACAAAAAAAAAUUGCUGGUUUAUAGCUCCUCCAACACUCCGUGCUCCAUGAUCCCAUAACAUAUUCAAAAUUCAGAAGUUCAGCUAAAUGUAAUAAUUGAAGAUUCCCAUUAAACAUUUGCUUCUUUGAUCACAUGUUAUACUUAGUGUGACCUGGGGAACAACAGCUCCCUCAGGGUCAUGGAACUAAAAAAGAAAUCUGGUUCACUGUGCACCUACUAGUUUACAUGUGAUGAGCAAUGGGAGCAGCUGUGUGGUUCAUCUUUGCUCUUCAGAGCAUACAGAGCAUGAUGCGCAAUGUGAAGGCUAUGCAUUUAUCCCUAGACAAAUGAUAUGUGGUUUUGGGUGGGGUGUUCACAGGUGAGACUCGGUUGAUGGACCUGAAUGUCACAUACAUUAUGCUCUCGCUGUGUGGUAAAGAAUCCGGAACAAGCCAAAGAUACUCUUCUGCACCCUGUGCUUAGGUCAUAUAUACAUGUUGUGUGUAAACAGCAGUAGAGAAAUUAUAUAUGCACAAUAGAGCUUCUGCACCAAAAAGUCACUUGCAAAAGGUUUCCCUUGUCGCACUCAGUAGCUGAGCAUCUCCUGUAUUUCCACAGUAGCUUCUUCAAAAUCAGCUCUGAAAAUCUAUGGCUUUUUUGCCCAGCAGUAGUGUUGUUAUGAGAAGCAGAAUUUCUUUUACAAAAUUCACUUUUUAGAUAUAGCCUUUGAUUCCUCUUAUUCUCUUUUUAGCUUUCAAAAGAAGAAUUUCUCUAUCUUUUUGUAGUUUUCUGUUAUACCUGUAUGCACACUUCUGUAAUUUCAGCCCUUGCCAUGUUUCAAUGUUUCAGUGUCCUGUAUCACAGGGUGCACUAGUAGGAUAGGGUAAUUUGGGAAGACAUUGCCUUCCCUUAGCAUCUCACCCCUCCUCUGUUCAGAUUUCUCUUUUGAUCAGAAUGGACUUGAUUGAAAACAAACUCCAAGAAAACAAACUCCAAAUUCCUACAGAGGAAAAGAAAUAAAUUGUUGGAUUUCAGAGAGAAAUUGGGUAAGAAGGAAUUAAGAUAAUUCUUCUUAGCAACACUACUCAGGAGAUGUGGAGAGAAUUGCCUGUUAGCUUUUCUGUUUCUCCAAAAAUAUGGAAGAAAGACUUCAUGUCAAUUCCAGGUGCCAAUAGUUUUUAGCCAUCUGGUAACCCACAUAAUCCAACUGGAAAGGAUGGGAAACUUUUUGUCUCUUACUGAUGAGUUUGCACAUGGACUAAUCUCAGCAGGUCAAAAGAAUAGACUCUUGUGUCAUUAUUAGAGGUGGGCACAAACCGAAAUACGAACCAAAAUUCAUCACAAACUGGGCCAGUUCAUGGUUCACAAACCAGCAGUUCAUCAGAGCCCAUUUCUGAUGAACUGCCACAAAUUUUACGCCGGUUCAUUUGGUUCAUUUUUCAGUUUGUUACGGCAGACAGCCUGGCACUGAGCAAUCAGUUUUCUAGGCAAUGGAGGGAUGGGCUUUCUGCAGCCCCGGAAGUGACCUUUUCUUGCCCUGGAAGUGAUGUUUUCAUCAACCGAAUGAACUGGUUCGCAAACCAGGGUAAGUCUGUGAAAGUUGGUGGUUCGUGAAACACAAUGAACCAUGAACCGCACAGUUCGGUAUUUUCCCAGUUCGUGCCCACCUCUAGUCAUUAUUUUCAGUUGGUAUUAGCUGUGACUAACUUUUGGAGGAGUGAGCUGUCCUGGUUCUGCAGCUCCAGGUUUACCUCUCAACACAGAAUUACUAAAAUUUGAUGAACAAGCCUGAUCUAAAAUGUACAGGGUAGUAUAAAUUAGAGUUUUGUUAGAAUGUCUAUUUGUUCAGUGUCAGUCCCCCUGUAGGUAACAUGAAUGUUUAAGUUUGUAAUUUUUUUUCUAUUUAAUACCUUCCUGUUUUGAGGAUACUGAAUAAUGUAUAUAAUUAUAGUCUUUUUUAAAGAAAAAAACUUGUAGACAUAACUUUGCCAAAUGUAAAGAUAUGCGCAAUACUAUUUUUUUUAUCAGUGUAUACCAGGUUUGUUUUAUGAUUGUCUUUUUUGUUGUUUGUAAAGUUGGAAGAAAUCUUGAUUCAACUGCAUUUUUUUUUAGAUCAUUGGUCCUGUAGAUAUGUCCAUUUCAUUUUUUAAAGCACCCUCUUUUCCACCUUAUAUGAAAUACAUAUAAUUUUAGCAUGAUGAAACAAUGAAUAUAUACCAUGGAUUUUAAAAAGGACUCAAUAUUAUUUAAUUGGAUAACCCAAAUGUUGUCUGCCUGAAAAUAAAGGGUGUUAAAGCUA